GAACUUUUGGUCCUCGCCGCAAACAUCUCUUCUACAGUAGCAAUAACAACUGCAUUGCGCCAACACAACUAUACGACUUAGACUUUGGGUUUUACAGCGCCUACCUAAUCACGCGCGCAUAUCACGCUCGUUCCAAGGAAGAAAGCACGACAUCAACCCCAUCCCCGACCUUCCCACCGCAACCCGCAACCCGCGCAAACAAACCCACCCACGCGCCCAACAAUGUCCACGCACGAAAAGCUCUCCGCCGCGUCCAACGACCGAAAAUCGCGCCUCGCCCAACUAAAAUCCCUAAAGCGCAAACAACCCACCGACUCCUCCCCCUCGGACACUCCAUCCACACAAGAAGCCUCCGACGCGACCACCCUCACCGCCCCCACAACGUCCACCUACCUCUCAGGCCGAAACUUCGACCCCACCACGCGCACCCUAAAACUCGGCUACAACCUACCGCCCAUCAGCGACGCAACCGCAACCCUCGAGUACAAAGCCGCCCAACUCGCGCUGGACACGAAGACGCAGCAAGACGCCGAGAAGCGCGAGGCUAACAAGGGGCUGGAUCUGUUUAGGCUGCAGCCUAAGCGGCCGAAUUGGGAUCUUAAGCGCGAUUUGAUGGGGAAGAUGGGGGGGCUGGAUGCGGUGACUGCGAGUGCGAUUGCGGGGGUGGUGAGGGAGAGGGUGGGUGCGCAGAGACGGGUUGGGGGUGGGCAGGGCGAGGGGGAGGAGGUCGGGAUGGAGGGGAGUGAGUUGGUGGAGGCUAUGCAUUUUAAGGAGGAGGAGGAGGAGAGGGAGCGGAGGAGGGAGGUGGAGGAUGAGGAGGCGAGUUGA